GUUCAGUCGUAUUCCGGUCGAGUCUCGAUGGAGACAGAGCAGCAUUCAGCUUCUACUGGAAAUGAAGACGGAUGAAGACGGACUUGGACUUUCUCACUGAAGACGUCUAGACAAACCUCAGAAAAGGGAGCAGUCCAGCUGUGUGUGUAUGGGUGAAGAGUAAAAAGUCUAUGAUGGAGCUUCAUCACUCCAGCAGUGGAGAAGGAACCUCUGACCCAAAUGGAAGAGGAGUGACCAGUGUGUCUAUGAAGAGUGAUCAGUCCAUCGUGAACCCUCCUGCAUUCAGCGGUGGAAGAAGAGAACCCUGCUGUAUGUCUAUGAAGAGUGACCAGUCCAUCGUGAACCCUCCUGCGUUCAGCGGUGGAAGAAGAGAACCCUGCUGUAUGUCUAGGAAGAGUGACCAGUCCAUCGUGAACCCUCCUGCGUUCAGCGGUGGAAGAGGAGAACCCUGCUGUGUGUCUAUAAAGAGUGACCAGUCCAUCGUGAACCCUCCUGCGUUCAGAGGUGGCAGAGGAGAGCCCAGCUGUGUGUCUAUGAAGAGUGACCAGUCCAUCGUGAACCCUCCUGCGUUCAGCAGUGGAAGAGGAGAACCCUGCUGUGAGUCUAUGAAGAGUGACCAGUCCAUCGUGAACCCUCCUGCGUUCAGAGGUGGAAGAGGAGAGCCCAGCUGUGUGUCUAUGAAGAGUGACCAGUCCAUCGUGAACCCUCCUGCGUUCAGUGGUGGUGCUGUACCAUCUGACCCGCAACAGCACUCAGUAGAACUGGCAGAGCAGGAUUCUCCCCAACCAGCAGAUGAUCUCCUGCACAGAGUCAUAAAGAGACACAAAACCAGCAUGAAGAACAAGUAUGAGAGCUUAUUUGAGGGAAUCAGAACAGAGGAGAAUAAAACCCUCCUGAACAGGAUUUACACAGAGCUCUACAUCAUAGAGGGAGAGAGUGAAGGAGUGAAUGAAGAACAUGAGAUUUUACAGAUGGAGAAAACACCCAGGAAACACUUAGAGGAUACUCCAAUCAACUGCUUAGACAUCUUUAAACCUCUACAAGAUCUUAAAGGAGGAAAAACGAGAAAAAGUAAAGAAGAAAGAAAAGAGAAUAAAGGACCAGAAGAGCCAGAACUCAGAGCUGUUCUGACUAAGGGCAUUGCUGGCAUUGGAAAAACUGUCUCUGUGCAGAAGUUCAUUCUGGACUGGGCUGAAGGAAAAGCCAAUCAGGAUGUAGAGUUCAUGUUUGUGCUUCCGUUCCGGGAGCUGAACUUGAUCAAAGAUCAUCAAUACAGUCUUCAUGGACUUCUGUGUGACUUCCAUCCUGAGCUCAAAGAUCUGGACCCAAAGAUUUAUGAUCAGCUCAAAGCUGUGUUUAUAUUUGAUGGUCUGGAUGAAAGCAGAAUUCCACUGAACUUUGAACAGUGUGAGAAAGUAUCUGACAUCACCAUGACAUCAUCAGUGGGAGUGUUGAUGACGAACCUCAUCAAAGGAGAGCUGCUUCCCUCUGCUCUGAUCUGGAUCACCUCCCGACCAGCAGCAGCCAAUCAGAUCCUUCCUCAGUACAUCAACCGUGUGACAGAAAUUCAGGGAUUCAGUGACCCACAGAAGGAGGAGUACUUCAGGAAGAGGAUCAGUGAUGAAGACCAAGCCAAGAGAAUCAUCUCCCACAUUAAGACAGUGAGGAGCCUCCACAUCAUGUGCCACAUUCCAGUCUUCUGCUGGAUCUCAGCCACUGUUCUUCAGAGAGUCAUGACAGAAAGUAACAUAGAAAGCUCUACAACUCUGACAGAAAUGUACUCACACUUCCUGAUCACUCAGACAAACAUGAAGAAUGAGAAGUAUGAGGGAGAUAAGAAGAGGGAGAAAAGUCAAACAGACACAAAGAACCUGCUGGAGUCAAACAGAGCCAUGCUUCUAAAACUGGCUGAACUGGCUUUCAAACAGCUGAUGAAGGGCAACGUGAUUUUCUAUGAAGAGGACCUGAGAGAGAGCGGCAUUGAUGUCAAAGAUACCUCAGUGAAUCUGGGGAUUUUCACUGAAAUCUUUAGGGAGGACUCUGUGAUUCACCAGAGGAAGGUCUACUGCUUUGUUCAUCUGAGCUUCCAGGAGUUCCUGGCUGCUGUUUAUGUGUUUCAUUGCUAUGAGAGCAACAACAUGGAGGAACUGAAUUAUUUUAAACCACAGCACAGUGAGUGGUCUGGGAAUGUUCCACUGGAUUGUCUGCUGAAGGGAGCAGUGGAUAAAGCUGUGGAGAGUCAGAAUGGACACCUGGAUCAUUUCCUCCGUUUUCUGCUGGGCAUCUCACUGGAGUCCAAUCAGAGACUCCUACAGGGUCUACUGACUCAGACUCAGAGCCACUCAGAGGAAACCAUCCAUCUUUUCCAGAAGUGCUUCAGGAGUAUCUAA